GAAGUCGCUGAUGUGAAAUCCACAGCGCGCAACAGAGGAGCGGAGAGCGCACGGAAUUAUUACUUCUUUACUGAAGGCACACAAACAAGCGCUUGGGAUCUUUGACUGAAAUCCAUCCGACAAGGCGGGAGUUGAAACCAAGCAGAAUAUUUUGGAAGAGCGGACUUCACAGCAUCAUGUUAAACAAUAUGGAUUUGAACGCGAAAGAUUCUUUUUAUCCUCAGUUUGACAGCAAUUCCUCCCUGGGGAAAGACAACCAGGAGGCGUUUGUCGAGGCGGAUCGGGGGGCCCCUGCACAGUUCGGACACGACGGAGCGCCCGCUGCACUGAAAACUGAAGCCUCCAACUCCGAGUUUGCGUUCAAUCCGUGCGAGGGUCCGAAAGAUGCCUACACCCCCUCGUCUCUCGCCUACUCCGGCAGCUUCUAUGUGGAGGCCACUCAGGGAGCCCCGUGCAGCACCGAAACUCUGCUCAACAUGAUCACCGAGAUCGUGGGCAUCUCCACUCUGCCCAUCUCUGAGGUGCAGAGCAGCCGUGGAACUUACCAGAUGGACAGCGCGGGGGCACAUUUUGGGGACAAACGGGGACAGCCUUUAACCUCCCAGGUUUACUCCACCGACCAGAGGUUCGCCGGGGACCAGAGCAGCGGUCAAACCCACGACCUGUCCACCUUCCAGGAGAAGUCGGAGCCCAAGUCUGAGGCGGCCUCCUUCCCUGUGGUGGUCAAGAACGAGUUUGAGAGCUACGAGUGGGGGGCUUUUAACAAGCCCGAGUGUUUGGAGACCACCUUCCAGACUGAGACCUUCCCCAUGUCCAAUGACUUCCCCCCUGACCAGCAGGUGGACGUGAAGGAACUUUUGGACACCUUCCCCAUUUGCCACAACCAAGAGUUCAAAGUGGAAGGGGGCAUCAAGCAGGAGCCGUCCUUCUCCGAGACUUGCUCUCAAAGUUACUCGAGCCCCCUUUAUAACAAUUACCUCCCCCCACCCAUGAGCAACGUCAAGCCUUUCUCUGAACCUCAGCCGUCCAACCAGUACGCGCACAGCACCAUAGACUCCAUCCUCUACUCCUCCCUGCUACCAGACUCUUUCUCGCAAACCUACACCCCCCGUCCAGCGAAGCCCCCCAGAGCUCGGAAGACUCCCAGCGCCGCCUCCCACGGCCCCGCCAAGGAGAAGCCCUUCACCUGCCCCAUGGAGAGCUGCGACCGCCGCUUCUCCCGCUCGGACGAGCUCAACCGACACAUCCGCAUCCACACGGGCCACAAGCCCUUCCAGUGCCGCAUCUGCCUGCGCAGCUUCAGCCGGAGCGACCACCUGACCACCCACACCAGGACUCACACAGGGGAGAAGCCCUUCUCCUGCGACGUGUGCGGCAAGCGCUUCGCCCGGAGCGACGAGCGGAAACGGCACGGGCGAGUCCACCAGAAGCAGAAGGAGAAGAUGGAGCUGAAGCACCCGGGGACCCCCGCCACUUGGCCCUUCACUCUUCCUGAGGGCAUCUGAGCUGAAGAUGGACGUCUUUGGGUUUCACCAGAUUGAAUUCCGUCUUGGAAGAUGCGUCGGCUCAACAAAGCGACUGGCGAGUUCGGUGCCUCGUGUGAAGGGGCCGACUGGAGAAAGGGUCUUAGACUUCCUGCUGAUGACGUCAUGCAAGACUGUUGCCGGUGGUGAAGCUUUCUGCAUGACAGCUGUUCAGCACCUGGACAGCUCUUUCCUCCUCUCCACGCGAGGAGUUGCACUUAAUAUUUCCUGCUUCUUCGGACUUUAAAAUGCAUGUUAAUGACCGUGUUUUAUUUUCAAGCUACUCACACUACACGGUGAGAUGAAUGUAAGCCGCCAUAUUUAUUCAUCCACCAUCUUUUGUGUUGUGUUUUAAUAUCGAUUGUGAAAGAUAUAUCAUAAAUGGGAAAUAAAUAUAUUUGUAUGACUGUACCUCUUUGUAUUUUUAUAGCUGAGUGUAUAUUUUACAUUACUCUGCGUCCUUUCUAAAGGUGACAUGUUUUCGAGGGCUAUUGUUGAGUAAAUUUUAAAUGUUUAUUUGACUUGAGAUGCAGUUUCAUCCUGUCGUUGACGGUUUUGUUUUUCUUUUCUCUGAAACCAAACCGUGCACUGGUGGUGUAAUAGAUUUUCCACAAGAGUAUUUUACAGUAUGUACAGACGCUAGAGUGAGCUAGCAUCAUUUAAUUGCUUUUAAGUAAUCAGGUAGCACACAUUGCUGCAAGGUUUUGGUUUUUUUUUUGCAUCGUUUUUUGACUCCUGGUAUCUUUUACUGAAGAUACAGUGUUGAAAUGUUCAGAUCGUUGAAAAUAAAAAUAAAAAUGUUUGUGAGAUUGUCACAAAAAGUAUUGCAAAAAAGGUUAUUUAACUGGCCUUAAGUUAUAUUAACUGUCAAUAUUUUUUGUACAUACACAC